CAGACAGAACCCAAGUUGCUUUGGUUUGGUUUUUAGUAGAAACACAAAUGAAAGAAAGAUAAAAACUUUGCUUAUUUUUUUAUAGUAACCGCUCUAUCCACGAUCCCUCCUAAGUUGAGGCCUUAUAACAACGGUUAUUCAAACGCCCUGUGUUCAAUCCCAGAAAACCCAUGUGAUGUUUUUUCAUAUUUUAAUUUCAAAUUAAACCUUAACGUUUAAAAAAAAAAAAAAAAAAAAAAAAAAAAGACAUUAGCUUCCCAGAGAAAAAAGAAGACAAAGGCUUAAAGAAUAACAAUCUUUGUUAUUCUUUUUUCAUUUUCAUUUGGUCCUGAAGAAGAGUAAAAGAACUGAUCUUGAGUGGGAAUUGGAGUUGACUCUGAGAUGGGUAUGUAGUUAUUUGGGGGAGAUCUGGUUUGGUAAAGAGUAAGGAGAGAGAGAUGGAACCCCCAAGGGGGGUUUUGGCUUCAGUGUGGAACUUUAUUUGCUUUCUACCUUUCUUCAAUGGACUUCUUAUUCUGGGAGUCAUUAAAGGUAUCAUUCUCUGCCCUGUGGUAUGCCUUAUCAUGACAGUUGGAAUUUCUGCUAUCACAAUUGGUCUUUGGCCUGUACAUAUUGCCUGGACAUAUUAUUGCGUUCUGAGAGCUAAGCGAUUAGGACCUGUUUUGAAGCUUGUUCUCUGUAUUUCCGUUCUACCUGUGCCCUUGAUUUUGUGGCCAGUAGUUGGUAUUGUUGGAAGUAUCAUAGGUGGAGCAGCAUAUGGCUUUUUUUCACCAAUAUUUGCUACUUUUGAUGCUGUUGGAGUGGGAAAGACUAGAAAAUUAUACCACUGUUUUUAUGAUGGAACUAAGGACACUGUUAAAGGGUCCUUUACUAUUGUCAGGGAUUUUAGGGAUGUUUGUUACCAUUCCUACUUCUCAGUUAUGGAUGACCUACGUCUAAAAGGACCUCCAGAUGUGAAAUAUUUUGAGAUUAGAUUGCUUUAUCUUCCUGGGGCAGUAAUUGCUGGAGUUCUUGGAUUAGUUGUUGAUUUUCCAUUAGUCUCAUUCAUUGCUCUAUGCAAAAGCAUCUACAUGCUCUUUAAGGGGUGGCACCGUUUGUUUCAUGACCUUAUAGGUCGUGAAGGCCCUUUCUUGGAGACAAUAUGUGUACCUUUUGCUGGUCUUGCUCUCAUACUCUGGCCAUUGGCUGUUGUUGGGGCAGUGUUAGGCUCCAUGGUUGCCAGUAUUUUUCUUGGUGCUUAUGCAGGGGUGGUUGCUUAUCAGGAGUCCUCGUUUUGGUUUGGUCUUUGCUAUAUUGUUGCAGCGUUGUCCAUAUAUGAUGAAUAUAGCAAUGAUGUUCUUGACAUGCCAGAAGGAUCCAUCUUUCCUAGGCCUAAGUAUCGACAUGCACAAUUACAGCCCACCUCUCGUACACCUUCUAUCUCAAGGCCCAAUUCUUUCCGAAAUCCUCCUUCCCGCACAACAUCAAUUAAGAACCCUAUGACUGAGUUGAAGCCACUUGAGCUACUUGAUAGCUUAUUCAAGGAGUGUCAACGCCUUGCCGAAAUAAUGCUUUCUGAAGGACUAAUAACACUUGAAGACAUUGAAGGUGCCAAGUCUAGCAGAGUUAUUAGCAUUGGGUUACCAGCUUACUGCUUUCUUCAGAUGCUCCUGCGCUCUGCAAAAGCCAAUGCUGUGGGUUUAUUGUUAGCUGACGAGGUUACAGAGGUCACUAGCACAAACAGGCCGAAAGAUGCCGUCUUCGAUUGGUUUCUUAAUCCACUUCUUAUCCUUAAAGAUCAGAUUAAAGCUGAGAAUCUUUCUGAGGCAGAAGAGGACUAUUUCUCCAAGUUAGUUUUGUUGGGUGGAGAUCCAGUGAGAUUGAAAAACUCAAAUAUUGGCUCACCACCUGAAUCUGAACGUAAACGAGCUGAACUCGAUGCAUUAGCUCGAAGGCUUCAAGGAAUCAUCAAAUCUAUCUCAAGGUAUCCAACUUUUAGGCGUCGUUUUGAGGCUCUUGUGAAGACCCUAUCCGAUAAUCUUGUCAAAAAGAAUGAUCACAGUGGAUCAAACAAUGGGCCUCAAACAGUUCCAAGAUCAAAGAGUGCCUUUGCACGAAUGUUUAGCCAGCAAUCUUUUAAGUACAAGACGAACAAUCACAGUUCUGAUCCGGAGUCACAAACAGCAGUGAGAAAUGUUGAAAUUUUAUAAUGAGAGAUGCUAAAUGUAAUUUUGGUACCAAUCUUAGUAUUCUUUUUUCCUUGAUUUCCUAAUUGGUCAUUUUAAGUUGUAACCUUUAGUUAUUCUCAUAUUUGCCGUCUCCAUCAUGACAGAUAAAGAAGCAUGUAUUUCUAUGUUGUACAAAGAAAAUGCAAUGUAAGAGAAAAAAUAGAUAUGGGUUUUGUUUUCUUUUUCCA